AGUGGACUCUAGGGGAGGAUUGACAGCGGUCCUGUUUCAAAAUGGCGGCUCUGUACAAGGUUGUGUGCAGCGCGAGACGCGGAGGAACGUGUUUACUAACGAAACGUGACGUUUUUCUAGGGAGAAAAUGUUACAGCAGCGACGAUAAAGACGUUUCUACAGGAGGAGAAGAAGAGAAACAGAGAAGCGGCUUUGCUGCUGCUUACGAGCUUCAUUCCGAGCUGAAACAGCAGCAGGACACUAAGAGCUACAAGCUGCACAAGGUUUCUAAGAGCUCCUCAGACGAUUCCCAGUCCUUUGCGUCGCUGCUGCGUCACUCGCCGUUGAUCCAGAUGGGUCCUGCUAAAGACAAAAUCGUCAUCGGUAAAGUUUUCCACGUGGUCCAGGACGACUUGUACAUAGAUUUCGGUGGCAAGUUCCACUGCGUGUGCAAGCGGCCCAAGGCUGACGGUGAUAAAUACCGGCGUGGCAGCGUUGUUCGCCUCAGGAUGGAGGACCUCGAGUUGACCUCACGUUUCCUGGGUGCAAGCACCGACACCACGCUGCUGGAGGCCGACGCCACCCUCCUCGGACUGCUCGAGGGGAAGGAAGCCAAAGAGAAGCAGUAGCUUCGGACAGUGUCUACAAACCCUCAGAGACUGUUAAACUGUCGUUAUUCUGUCAACAGCGAUGAAUAAAUAAAUUAUAUUCGGAUUUUUGAACGUCUAAA